AUGCCCCGCUGGGGAAGACCACCAGGGGGCUCGUCGGGUGUGGGGAGAUACUACGAGGGGGGACAGAACGACGUGCAUAGGUUUCAAGAAUUGGAUAGCGACGAUGAGAAGGGUGGCGUUGUAUUAGAUCAGGCGUUUCAGCCGGCUUUGAACGGCAAGAGCAUCAAUCCGGAUGAGCUUUACUUUAAUGAUAUGGAUAUUAGUGCCUGGGAGGGCAGGGCAGCAGCUUUGGGUGAGGCAACAUACCAGGACCAUGGUCAUCAACAGCGUUACGACGAAUAUCCUGGUAGUAUGGGCAGCAACUACAAUUCGGCCGAAUAUGAGGAGAUACUUUUCCGUCGAGUACUCGACAAGAUUCGCAUACAAAGAGCAGCAGGCUAUACCGAUGUGCAGCUUACUGCAGAGGAGCUAGACGCGUAUCAUGCACGAUUUCUUGGCCCAAGGACGACGGAUGUUCGCCCUGAAGCCCAGUCUCGACCGAGCAGUGCUUACUACCCCAACGACCCUGCAAAUAUCGAAGAAAGAUCAGAAGCGAAGUUCGCUCUUUGGAUCAAAGUCGAAGGAGAAGCCCAGCAGUCGCAAACGUACAUCUACUGUAUCAACCACAGAUAG